AUGGCUCCUGCAAAGUCCAUCACCAUAAUCUCGUCGCCCUACCAUGUCGGCGUCAAGAACGUCGCCGUUGGCGCAGGACCAACAACAUUGAUCGAGGCCGGUCUCGUCACUGCGGUUAAAGACGAAGGGUUUGAGGUGAGUGUGGUCGAGCUUGAGCCCGUGGAUGAGUAUGAGGGCGAAAUCGGGCGUCUCUUUGAGCUACUGCGUCGCACCUCCAAGGCAGUCUCUCAGGUCAUUGAUGCCGGCUCAUUCCCCCUCAUCCUUUCCGGCAACUGUUCCACCGCAGUGGGUGUGGCCGCUGGCCUCGCGGGCUCAAACGAAUUCCUUCGCCAGAAGAUGACGCCGAGUUGUGUGUGGUUUGACGCACAUGAUGACUACAACACUCCCGACGUCCUGGCCAGUGGGUACCUUGACUCCAUGCCAGUGGCCAUGUUGGAGGGCGUCGGGUGGAAGAUUCUGUUGUCUACUGUGCCUGGGUUUCAGCCCAUGGACCUGAAGAAGAGUUUCGUCAACGUCGGAAUGCGUGACGUGACUGAGCUGGAGCGCGGGCGAGUUAUCGACGCAGGCUUCUCUACCAUAUGGGGAGACACAACGCGUCAUGUCAAUUUCGAAUCCGAGCUACAGAAGAUCUUGGCAGAGCAACAACUAGGUCCGACAAUGGUCCACGUCGACCUCGACUGCCUCGACACCUCGGUCGGAAUGGUGAAUAAAUUCUCCGCCCCUGGCGGGCUGCUGGAAACAGAUCUUGUCGGAUGCCUGGAGACGAUUACUCGGAAAACACAACCAGCCUCGCUUACAAUUGCAUCGUACGACCCUUCUUUUGACAAAAACGGAGAUAUUCCUCCUGUAGCAAUCAGAGGGGUUGUGGCGUUUGUUCGGAGCUUGGUCUCUCAGGGAGCUCUCGCUAAUAACACGACUUGA